CAGUGGGACACCUGAGGACUUGAUCCGAAGCAGAAGUGGGAAAAGAAACCCAGGUAACCAUCUGACCCUGAGACCUCAGGCUAUUUGUCUUCUGCCUUCAGAUGCUGCUAGAAGCACACAGGGUCUUUCUGGAUUGAUUUCAACUUCCCUUGGCCUCACGUGGCAACUUCUUACUGCUACCUGCCACAGGUGUAGAAAACUCACAUUCAGCUUAGCUGCAGUCUCCCGGGGUCUGACAGACCCUCUGAGUCCUGCUCCUUUCUUCUUUUCUUCAGUCUGAAUGCCCCUGUCAAGCAUGACUGUCUCCCCGGCCCCCACCCCUUACUGGGAUGACUCCGCCACAGUUGCCCUGUUGGUCCUGCCCCACCCUUGGGCUCCACCUCAGCCACUGGAGCUGCAGCUCUCCGGUUACCCAGAGGGGAGGGCAGGCAGGCAGGCAUCUGGGUUGCAGGACCUCCGUGCCAUGGGCAGUGCAUGCCCAAGCUCUCGGUCUCUUGCACUGAGACUGUGGCAGUGUGGGCUGUUUGUGCCCAGCCCUUUGUGUUUCACAGAGCAACAUAGAAGACCUCACUGCCGGCCUGGCACUUCAUAGAGGCUCAGGAAAAAGAGAUGAGCUGGCUCUAUUCCUGCAUCUCCUUUUGCUCGAUUUACCUGGCAGCUUCCAGACUGAAAGCUGUAGAGACGGCAGAUGGAAAAUACGCACAGAAGUUGUUUAAUGACCUUUUUGAAGAUUAUUCCAAUGCCCUCCGCCCAGUGGAGGAUACAGAUACGGUCCUGAAUGUCACGUUGCAGAUCACACUGUCUCAGAUCAAGGACAUGGAUGAAAGAAACCAAAUUCUGACUGCCUACCUAUGGAUUCGCCAAACCUGGCAUGACGCGUAUCUCACGUGGGAUCGAGACCAGUAUGAUGGACUGGAUUCCAUCAGGAUUCCCAGCGAUCUCGUGUGGAGGCCAGACAUUGUCCUGUAUAACAAAGCUGAUGACGAGUCUUCAGAGCCUGUGAACACCAACGUGGUCCUGCGCUAUGAUGGGCUCAUCACCUGGGACUCACCUGCCAUCACCAAGAGCUCCUGCGUGGUAGAUGUCACCUACUUCCCCUUCGACAACCAGCAGUGUAACCUGACCUUCGGUUCCUGGACCUACAACGGCAACCAGGUGGACCUCUUCAAUGCCCUGGACAGCGGGGAUCUCUCCGACUUCAUCGAAGAUGUCGAAUGGGAGGUCCAUGGCAUGCCUGCCGUCAAGAACGUCAUCUCCUACGGCUGCUGCUCAGAGCCUUACCCGGAUGUGACCUUUACCCUCCUGCUGAAGAGAAGGUCCUCCUUCUACAUCGUCAACCUCCUCAUCCCCUGUGUCCUCAUCUCUUUCCUGGCACCCCUGAGUUUUUACCUACCGGCAGCCUCGGGGGAGAAGGUCUCUUUGGGAGUGACCAUCCUGUUGGCCAUGACUGUAUUCCAGCUGAUGGUGGCUGAGAUCAUGCCGGCGUCUGAAAAUGUGCCUCUGAUUGGCAAGUACUACAUAGCCACCAUGGCCUUGAUCACGGCCUCCACCGCCUUGACCAUCAUGGUGAUGAACAUCCACUUCUGCGGGGCGGAGGCUCGGCCGGUGCCUCCCUGGGCCAGGGUGGUCAUCUUGAAAUACAUGUCCAGGAUCUUAUUUGUCUACGAUGUGGGUGAGAGCUGCCUUGGCCCGCACCAGGACAAGGAGCAGGACCACCUCACCAAGGUUUAUGACAAACUCCCAGAGUCUAAGCUGCAGACACCCAGGAACAAAGCCCUUUCCAGAAAGAAGGAAAUGAACAAACUCAUAAAGAAUGACCUGGGGGAACAGGCACACAGCACCAUGGGUGACGAUGGUGACUGUGUCCGGUACAAAUCCCUAACGAGGAAUAUUGAGUACAUCGCCAAGUGCCUCAAGGACCACAAGGCCACCAACUCCAAGGGCAGUGAGUGGAAGAAGGUUGCGAAAGUCAUCGAUCGUUUUUUCAUGUGGAUUUUUUUCAUUAUGGUAUUUGUGAUGACUAUUUUAAUCAUAGCGAGAGCAGAUUAGUGGCCAUUUGACAUCUGAGGACAUAUUAAUAAGUUACCUUGUGAUCUACUCCAAGCUUCUUCUAAGCCAGACUUUUGCUCAUAUAUAAUUCAGUGGUUAGAUUGUCUGUGAUUUU